AUGUCUCUAUCAUCACUCUCCCAGUGUCUUCGAGGCCGGCUUGUCCCCGGAAAUAAAGAAGAUAAAGACAAAAUCUCCCCUAAUAAAAAAUACAGGAAAGAUAAAUCUUGCUAUCAAAAUAUUGCCAAUUUGAAUGUGCGAACGUUAAUGUCAGAUUCUAGAAGAAUAGAACUAGAAUACGCCAUAUCUAAACUAAAUUGGGACAUAAUAGGGUUGUGCGAAACAAGACGAAAAAGCGAAGAAAUAAACGAGUUUCCCGACUACAUCUUAUAUCAUACAAAAAGUAUAAAAGGUUUACACGGAGUCGGAUUCUUAGUGAAAAAGCAUCUCAAAAAGAACAUAAUAUACUUCAAAAGCUAUUCAGAUAGAGUGGCAACGUUGGAUAUCAGUCUCCCUAAGGGAAAGGUCCUAUCAAUAGUUCAGGUCUAUGCACCAACUGAAAAAUGCAACGAUGAAGAGCUUAAUACAUUCUACAAAACAUUGGAUUUAGCCGUAGAAGUAGCACACAAUAGGAAUUUGAUCAUUAUGGGUGAUUUCAAUGCCCAGAUAGGCAAAGCUUUACAAGGUGAAGACUCAGCAUUUGGAAAAUAUUCAAAUGGUAAAAGAUCUAAGCAUGGUCAGAGACUUGUGGAGUUCGCAUUAGAAAACAACUUAAAAUUUACCAACAGCAUGUUUAAGAUAAGAAAAAACAGGAAAUGGACGUGGUUAUCCCCAAAUGGACAGCAUCGCACGGAGAUCGACUACAUACUCACAAGUUCUAAUGUGAAGCGACCUCUACAAACUAUGUUCAACAAUGUAUUGGAGAAAAGGAGAGGAGGUUUGGAGUCCCCAAACCAGUGA